CUACCGUCGACCAGGUGUUCGAGUCCUAUAGUAUUUUCGUCUGCAUACAAACAUUCCAGACAGUAAUCUACAACAAGAUGUCCGGCAACAUCGGCGACAUGUCUAUCGAGGAGAUAAGAAAAUUACCCAAGAAUAUAUUACGCAUAACAUCUAAAAUGAGCAAUGGGUAAUUUUUAAGUCAAUAAUUACAUUAUAUUAUUAUAUUAUGCUAUUUAAAUAUUAUUAUUAAUAAUAGUUUAAUGACGUACCUGAUAUAGUAAUAUGUAAUAAUUUAUUACAAAUAUCAUAUAACAAAAUAUAGCAAUAAAUAUGCAUGUUAAACAUUUUAAAACAAUAUGUAACUAUAUGAGUUAAAAUAUUCAAGGUUUGUGUUCGAGGUGAGCUCAGUCAAAAAAAAACCAAACAAGUUGUACCUAAUUAAAAUAUUAUAGAUUAUAGUGUUAAAUAUAAAAACUAAAUAGUAUAUUUGAAUUACUUUAUUUACAUAAUAUACGACCAAACACGAUAUACAACGAAGUAUGCAAUGGGUAUAUCAAUCUCCUGACAUAAUUAAGAUAAUUAAAUUUUGUCUUAGAAAUACUAAGUGGAGCAAAAAACAUAGAAAAAUAGGUACAAUAUUAAACAAAUAUUACUAAAGAAAAUAUAUAAUGCAUAUUUAAUUAUUUAACUAUAAUAUGACAUAGAUAUUAUUGAAAAAGCAACACUAUCAACCAAACUCCGCUCAGAAUCGUUUUCUCGUUAAUAAUGGUUAAUCGAUUUUUUUUUAUGUCUCAAAAAAUUAUAUUUUCCUUUUCUAAACGUGGUAAAACGUUCAAAACAUUUAAGCCAUUUUUGAGCUAUUUAUUGACAUUUUAAUUUUGAGAGUUUUUUACGUAAUUUAUAUUCGGUAGAUACUCUGUGGAUAAAAUUAAAAACUAAACAAAAAUGCAUGUUAAUUUAACAUAAAGUUCAUUAUAAGCUGUAGUUAUAGUGGUAAAAAAAAAAAAGUUGUCCUAAGAUAAUGGGGAAGGAUGCAGCUACUGUUAUAGAUAAUUUAAUGUAUAUCUAUUACCAAUGAUUAACUAUUGCUAACGGAAAAUCGAUUCUGAGCGGAGUUCAGGUGAUAGUGUAGUAGAUUUGUCAAUAAUAUGUACCUAUAAUAUCAUAAUCAAAUAAUUACAUAGGCAAUAUAUAUUUUCCAAAAAAUAUUUUUUGAAUAUUAUACCUAUUUUCCUAUUUUCCUAUGGUUUUUCCAUGGUCUUUUCCGGAUUUCCCAUUUAUUAAAAUUAUAUAAAACUAGUCAAAAUCAAAAAAUAGCAAAAAAAUCAAAAAAAAUUGGUAUCAUUAUAAAUUGGAGCAAAAUUGCUGUUAGAAAAAUUGUUCACAGAAAAAAAAUCGUAAUAUUUUCGUAAUAAAUUUUGUAAUUUUCCCAUUUUUCCUCCAUUUUUUUCGGUUUUCUACAUUUAUUUAGAAAAUUCUUGAGAAAAUUAAAAAAUUAUUACUUUAAAGAACCUCAGAUCACCUUUCAGAAAAAGUGCUAUUAUAUAAAUCAGAGCAAAAUUGCUGGUAAGAAAGUUGAGCACAAAAAAAAAAAAAGCCCGUAAUAAUUUUAACCAAUACCUACAUUUCGUACAUUUUUCCGUUUUUCUUCAAUUUUUUUUUCGCAUUUUUGCAUUUGAUGAGAAAAUCGUAAAAUAACCUCCUCAAUAAGUACUAAUAAUACCUACAUAAAUUUCCUUUCAGAAAAGAUGUAAACUAAAACAAAUUGCGAACAGAUAAAAAAAAAAAAUUAACAUCUUUAGAAAACAAAAGAAUUGAAUUGAAAACGUUUAUUUAAAUGCAUAAAUAAACCAAUUUUAUAUUAAUAUCCAUGAUUUGUCGAUUAUAAUCAUAUCUAAGAAUCAGUUCUGGUAGUUGAAAAAUUAUAUAUAAUAUAAUAAGUCAAACUCGUAAAAUCAUAGUUUUUAUAUAAGUUUGAACAAAAUGUAUUUUUAUUAAAACCUCUAACCUAUUUUAGAAUGAUUAAUUAAAUUAGUUAAAUUAAGAGAGGUCAUUUUUUUUGAUUUUUCUCAAGAGUUUUCCCAGCAAAUGUGAAAAACAGUGAAAAAACAUAGGAAAACCGGGAUAAACGUAGAAAAAUCAGUACUAUACUAAACAAAUAUUACUAAAGAUUAAAGAAAAUACAUAAUGUUUAUUUAAUUAUUUUAUCCAAAGUUGGUAAUAUAUGCGUAUAAAAUGUUUUAGACAUUACACGUUUAAUAAAAAGUAUAAAAUGACUAAAACGUAUAAAACUUUAUUACGACUAAGACAUUUUUUUUUUUGUGUUUAUUAUAAUAGUGAUACUGUACAUUUUAAAUUUUAUAAGUAUUUAAACUUAUACAUGUAUACAACAAAUUAAUAAAUCAUAUAAACUUAGUGAAUGUUCUUAAAUUAGAAUAAAAUAAAAAUAAAACAAUUUUUUUUUGGUAUUAUAAAUAUUAAUGUAGCUAAUAAAGAUUAACUAAAGAUAAACUUAGUGAUUAGCAUAACAUUUAACACUUAUGUUUUAGGUAAUUAAUAUAAGAUAUAUAAAAUCAUGAUUGAAUUCAAUUGAAAAUUAUUUUACAUGAUGAUUUCUGUUCAAUUGUUCAAUGUCAAAACUAAAAAAAAAAUUGUAUACAGUAUAAAACGUAUACAACUAAUUUUAUACAUACAUUUAAUACGUAUUUUAUGCUAUACUAUAUUAUACAUUCUAACCCUGAUUUUACUAUUAUAUGACAUAUAUAUUAUUGAAAAAGCAUUACUAUCAACUGAACUUUGCUCAGAAUCGUUUUUAGUAAACAAUGGUUUAUCGUUGUUAACAGAUACAAAUUAAUUUGCCUUCUAAAUAUCCUACCUUCCCAACUUCUCACCAACAAUAGUGGCUAAACCCAUUCUCAUUAUCCUAUGACAUCUUUUUUUUUUUUUUUUGAUUUUAAAUUUUGAAAGUAUAUUUUAUUGCUACUUUUGAAUAAUAAAAAUUAUUAAAAUAAUAAAUUACUGGCAAUAUCGUGUCGGGUUGGGCCAAAUGUAAUUUUUCAUAUUUUCACGUUGAAGGCGAAAUUUUUUAUUAAUACAUGUUUCUUUCGGUAGUUUAACUACCGAAAAUAUAUUUUAAUUUUAGUAAUUUACCUUAGAACUGAAAUACCAAUAUUUUACGAGUGUAAUAGUUGAUGUCGUUUGCAAUUUAUUACAAUGUGUGGAAGCGGUUCAGAAAAUUCGAAACAAAUGCCAGAGUUGACGUGUGUGGAGCAAAACUUUCGGUUUUGACAUAAUAAUAUUGUGCAAGGAUAAUUUAAUAAUGGGUAAAUACCAUUAUAUAAAUCGCACAACUUUGUAUUACAUAUUAUAUAAAAUGUACUCGACAGCUCCAUAAGCGUGUUACUUUUCCCGAGAAAUCGGGAACAUAAUGUGGCAAUUCCCAAGAGGAACGAACAUGUAUUUUAAAACCAAAUUUCUUGUGUGCAAAUAUAAUAUGAGUAUUCCUACAGAGUACAGGAUAAGAAGGGUUUCUAUUCCCCGGAGAAUCCUCUUCCCGAAACAAGAAAGAAAUCGCUUUCAAAAAAGGAACCCCUUUCCAAGACCUCUCUACCACUGCCAUUAUCCCUUGGUAUAAUUAUGGGUAUAAAGUAAAUAUAUAAUUUUUUAAAUAGAAAGUUAAGUGACUGCAGAAGUUUAAUAGUUUGUUCGUUCGUAAGUUUAGAUUAUAUUAUUUAUAAUGUUGAAACUGUCGAAAUAGCCUUUCUACAGAUCAUUUCCUCCCCUAGCCCGAUUAUUUCUGUUUUGUAUCGUGGUUGCAGUGAAAUUUAUUUACCAAGUACCCAUAACUAUAUAAACUAUUAUCACAAAUACUGGGAAUUUCUAGUUUUCACCGCUAAUCGUUAAAAAUAUCGUUUUAAAUUGUAAUGUUGAAAUUUUUUAUUUCCGUCGAUCUAUUUAAAAGAUCUAUUACCAAAUUUAAAAGUGGAAUAUCUCAUCAAUAAAUCGACGGAAAUCAAAAAUUUCAACAUUAUAAUUUAUUUUAACUUAUACUCCAUCUAUUAAUGGAAUUUUUAAUAUAGUUUGUCAUUUUAAAAUCAAAAGUAGGUAAUAUUUUUACCGCCGAAAAAAAGGGUGAAAAAAAAAUAACAUAAAUAUUAAAUUUUAGAGCAGCUUGCUUCUUAAAUGUUUUAGAAAACAAAUUCCCAAAAAAGUUAAUAUUUUUUGAGAUAAUGAGUGUACCUGCUUAAAUAGAUCAACUAGUAUAGAAACUUUAUUGCAGAAUUUUUCAUCUGCUUAGUACAUUGAGGAGGUAAUUUUUUUGAUUUGCCUAGUAGUUUUCUUAAUAAAUGGGAAAAAUUGACCCCAAAUUCUCUGCUCAAAAUCGUUUUAUUAUGAAUGAUUUGUCAUUGUAUACAACUAUAAAUUGAAUUACUCUAUAUAUCUUCCCUUCUAACUCCUUUCCUUAAGCAGUAGCACACCAAUUAAUAAUAUCAACCUUAUAUAACUAUUAUUUCUCACAAAUAAAUAAAUUACUAUUAAAAAAGAUUUAUCUAAUUUCUAAAUGAUUUAAUUAAUAUUAAUUUAAUUCUCAUUUAUCUAGAUGAGAUGAUAUGAUAUGAUAAAAAAAUAUACCUACUUGGAUGAAACACAAUACGGGACACGAGCUAUAAUCGUAUGAUAUAGACAUUCGUUGGUUCAUCAUCACCACGUGAUGAAUAUUAGCCAUUUUAUAAUUUGGUUAUAAUUAUUUUAUUAUAUAGUUCUCUGUUAUUUUUAUCUUUGCAUGACGAUCCCAAAUAAUAAUGCACAAAAAUUAAUAAAUAACAAAAUAUUUAAAAAUUGCGAUAACAUAUCGGUCAUGGUUAGAUUUUAAGCUAAAAAUUUGAAAAAAAUGUAUGCUUUUGGGAACUUUUAAUUUUUUUUUGCUUAUCUAUUAUUAAAUAUUUUGGUGCGAAAACGGUGUACAUUUUGUUACAAGUGAACAAAUGAUGCGUAAAUAUAUAUAACCCAAAAAUUAAACGGUGCGCAAAUGUCUUAUAAAAAAAGGUCAAGUUGUUUAGUGUAAACUUCUUAAAACGCGUUUAGUGUUAUCUCCACAGUCAAAACUCAUACGUGUUCAUGGCCUACAGAUGUCUUCGAAUAGUUACCUCUGUCGAAAGAUAUUGUGGUGACGGCUUCUGGUCGCGUAUUUUGUCACGUCACUCGUUAUUUUAAGGCCGUAGCGAAGAGACAAUUUCGACAGUUCGAUACCCUACGUGCAGAGCAUAAUAUUAUUAUCACCUGGAUAAAUGUGAAUGCAUCUGUCCACCGUAUAACCUCUAUCAAAUAAUGAAUUUCCAACCCUAAUUCAGUGGUACGCACCCCAGAACCAAAUUAAAACCCUUAUUACGAGGGUUCCGGAUACAAUAAACUAUAUCGCGGUUUCCGGCCCCAACUCUCAAAACGUUACUGAUUAUUAUUAUUAUAUUUUUUAAUAAUAAAACAAAAUUUGUUUUUUAUAUAACGGUUGCUAAUAACGCUGAAGGCUGUAAUAUUAUUUAACAACGUUUUCCAAUCUCGAUUUGCCCGUCAACUCCUGCAACAGUAAUAAUAGCUAGUAAGUUUUCGUUCGCGAUCUCGACGUAAUCCCCGCACCGCGCUCAUCGACCGUUGGUAUUUCGCGCCGACGCCCUCUGACUGCGGCUACAGCCAAUAAUCGGUAAGCUGCUGGCGAGCGAGCGCGAAACUCUUACAGGUUAAAGCGGAUUCUCAGCGAAAAUGGCGCAUAUUCAACGGAAGUAUGGUGGGAGGUGGCAGAUCGAUACACGACCAACACAAUAAUAAUAUGAUUUGUACAACGACGAGAAUGACGACGAUCCGAAAACAUUGAAAAAUACCGCGAGUUUAAUAACGGAAACAGCGCGUGUUUGUUAGACGUGACUGUGUGGGAUGUAGAGAAAGAUGAUAUUUUGUUAUGUCUUUUAGCUUUAUAGCCGCUAAAAAUGUGUGCACGGUGUGAAUAUACUAUCGAAUCGCCAAACACAAUAAAAUUAUUAUAAUUCCAACGAAAUAAAAAUUGCACGAUAAAUAAUUAUUGAUGAUGGAAGAAAAGUCUAUAUGAAUGAAAUUCCGGCGAAAAAAAGUCUGAAAACGAAAAGUAUCAGAAAUACUUUAAUUUUAUAAAAAAUACUAAACAAAAUACUGAAUGUUUAUGAGUUUAAAUAAUAUACGAGUACGUUAAUUUUAGAUUCAUAUAGGUACCUAUACUUACCUAAUUUUAAUAAUUGUGCAUUAAAUGAAAUCAGUUAAAUAAAAUAUAUUAUUAUAACAUAAAAACCCACGGUAAACCAAUGAUAACGAAAAACAAUUCCCAUGAACUAGUAACUAAAUUGGUUUCACAUAAUUUUUUACUCAAAUGAUUUUCGUCAAAAUUUGAUAUUUAAAUUCCUUUAUAAAACAAAAUACUUUAAAAAGCUCAUUUUUUUUUUUUUUUUACUACAAAGUACGACAUUUCAAAUUAAAUAUUCAAGCAUUUCUGUUCAGUCUUACAAUUUUAUCCACAGAAUACCUAACGAAAAAAAAUUACGUAAAAACUAGCAAAAUUAAAAUGUCUAUAAUUAGCUCAAAAUGGAUCAAAUGUUUAGAAAAUUUUACCUACCAUGUUUAGAAAAAGCAAAUAUAAUUUUUCUGUCAAAAUUUCAAGUCUUUGUGAAUAUACAAAACUAAAUUAUAUUAAAAAAAAAUGAUAAACAUAUUUCGGACGUGGGUGCAGCAACUAUUGUAAGUGAGAAGUUGGGAAAAUAAGAUAUAAAUGGGAAUUCAAUCUGAAAGCAACGAUAAACCAUUGCUAACGAAAAACAAUUCUGAGUGAAAUUCAGUUGGUAGUGUUACUUUGUCAACAAUAUAUAUUUCAUAUUAUGGUAAAAUGAUUACAGCAAUGUACGUUUCCAUGAUAACAAUAAUUAAUUUAAAAAAAACUUAAUAAUAACAAAAAAUAAAUAAAAACAGUUGCCAAUGUCAACUUUAUUUUUAAUCUUCCAAUCUUUUUGUAAAACCUAGUUUUCUUAAUUUUCUUGAAUAUUAAAAAGAAUUUCAAAAAAUCAGAGUUUGGCUUGUCAUACCCAAAGCUUACAAACAUUUUUUUACAAUGUACCUAACAUUAUUUUUGAGCCAAAGGCACAUUUGUUUAAAAAAGAUUUAAAAUAUAAAAUAAUAAAAACUUAAUAAUAACAAAAAAUAAAUAAAAAAAAGUUGUCAAUGACAACCUUAUUUUUAAUCUUAUAAUAUUGUUUAACCUGAAGAACCAGGUUUUCAUCAUUAUCUUGAAUAUUAAAGAGAAUUUUAAAAAUUUAGCUGUUUAAAAUACUAUCCAGAAAACAUUUUUUUUCAUAAAAGGUGCUAUACUUAAUAAUCGAAGUAAGCUUUCUAGCAGAAAAAUUAAUUACAUAAAAAAAAAAAAUUAAAAACAUAAAAUCAUUGUAAAAUCAAUACAUCCUUUAUUCCACUCAGAAUCUAAAAAUAUCUCGAAUACUAUUUCCUUUUCAUUAAUUGUAAUUUUCAAUUUACCCUUAGCAUCUGGCGUAUAUCCUGAAUUAUUAAAAAUUGUAUGUAACAAUUAUCUUUCUCUUUCUUUAUCUCUAUCACUUUAUAAACUAUUGGAAAAUUUUUUUAUGGAUGGAAUAGUAUUUUUAAUUAUCUAUUUUAACUUCAAAUUUUGACAAAAAUCACGGCAUUUCAAAAUAAUCGAACAUCACUACGAAUCGUAUUUAAUUAGUAUUAAUUUAUCGUUGCGUUUAUGUAUAAAUUAAAUAUCGGUAUGUAUUCUACAUUCUCAAUAUUUCACCUACAACAGUAGCACGCUAAUUAUCCGUAUCAGCUCUUUUCUGGCUUCUUUUUUUUAUAUUCAUAUACUACAUAGUUACAUUAUAUUUAUUAAUUGAGCUAUACAAUGAAUACAAAUUAAUAUAUUUUUUAGUCAUUCUAAAAUUGUCUUUUAUAAUUUUAAUGAAUUUAAAAAAAUAAAAUUCAAUAUUUAUAGUUAUAAAUUGAACACUAUUUCUUUCUACAAUAAUUCUAGUAUGUAGGUCUAUGUGGUCUAUAUUAUAAUAACCGAUAAAUUGUAUAAAAUGUAAAUUAUUAUUGUUAUUUUUUUUUCAGGUCUGCGGGAUUGUUAAUCUCCUCUCAUGCACUUGCAUCGAUUAGAGGACCCACUGCACAACUCGUGGAUCCUUUAAAUCCAGAGUCAACAAUUUCUAAUAGACCAAUAUAUAUCUCAAAUGAGCACCUACAAACUAUGUCAACCGAAUUCCGUUCUAUGCGCCGCAAUCAUGAAUUAUGUGAUGUUGUUCUCAAUAUUAACAAUAGAGAAGUAUUUGCCCACCGUAUUAUUUUAUCGGCGUGUAGUCCUUACUUCAGAGCCAUGUUUCAAGGGAAACACGGUGAACCUAAAAAAAAAAAAGUUGUAUUUUUUGGAUUGAAUGAAAUAGGUAUAGCUAUACAACUGUUAAUAGAGUAUUGUUAUUCUUCUGGAAUCAGAAUUGAAGAAUCUAAUGUUCAAAAUCUACUUUCGGCUGCUUGUCUGCUACAAAUGAAUGAAAUAAAGCAACUCUGCUGUAAGUUUUUGAAAAGCCAACUUAAUUCAUCUACUUGUCUUGGCAUCAAAGCAUUUGCUGAAAAACAUUAUUGUUUUCAGUUAUCAAAUGAAGCCAAUAAAUAUGCUCUUAAAAAUUUUCAAGAAGUCGUUGAGAGCAAGGAAUUUCUUCUACUUCCUAUUUCAGAGCUUAUUGAUUUCAUUUCCAGUGAUGAACUCAUUGUAAAAACAGAAGAACAAGUAUUUAGCGCAACAAUGUCUUGGGUCAAAUAUAAACCUGAGCGACGACAAAGUCUUUCAAAAGUACUUCAACACGUCCGAUUACCUUUAAUAAAUCCUAAGUUCUUAAUCCGUACAGUUGCAAGUGAUAGAUUAAUAAGAAGUGACGAAGAAUGUAAAAGUCUUAUUGAUGAAGCUAAAGACUACUUACUUUUACCAGAAGAACGGUCUUUAAUACAAGGACCUCGAACUAGACAUCGAAUACCUACUCGAAAAGGAGAGCUUUUAUUUGUUGCUGGAGGUUUAACCGUAUUCUCAACACUAGAUUCAUGUGGCCUUUAUGAUAUAGUAACAAAAGAUUGGAAAGAGAUUGCACCAAUGUUUAAAGAAAACCGGUCAUUAAAAGUUGCUGUACUUAAUGAUUCAAUUUAUAUAAUUGGCAAAAAUGACGAUCAGCUUAAUGAUAGUAGUAUUGAACGAUUCAAUCCACAAACCAAUCGAUGGUUUAAAGAUGUGCCUCCUCUAAUUACAAACCGUGUGUUUAUGGGAGUUGCUGUUUUAGACGGUUAUUUGUACAUAGUCGGUGGGUUAUUAAAUAAAAAACCAAUUAAUAAUGUUGAACGUUAUGAUCCGAAGGAAAAUAAGUGGAGUAUAGUGGCACCAAUGACAACAGCACGAUGUUCUGUUGGAGCUGUCGCUUUAGGUGAUUAUUUGUACGCAAUCGGUGGCCUAGAAAAUGUGUCAACAUUGGCAUCUGUUGAACGUUACGAUCCAAGAAUGAACAAAUGGACAGUAAUUGCCCCAAUGUCAGAAAGAAGGAGACACUUAGGAUGUGCUGCUUAUAAUAAUAUGAUAUACGCAGUUGGAGGCCAUAGCGAAAAUCCAUCCAGCAUUGCCAAGGUUUUGAAAAGUGUUGAGAGAUAUAAUCCACUAACAAAUUCGUGGUCUCCAAUUGCACCAAUUUCAACUCGGAGAGCUUUUUUAAAUUUAGCAGUAGUUAACGGAAAAUUGUACGCUGUCGGUGGAAGGAAUACAAGAGUAUCGACAAAUAUUAUUGAGGAAUAUGAUGAGAUCCAAAAUCAAUGGCGUUUAUGUGGAACACUGAAUGGUCGAUUUGAAAUGGGCAUUGGAGUUAUCAGGUCACCAUAAACCGAUAACAAUUAUAUAAUUAUUAUACUAAGAGACAAUAUUUUUUAAUUUCAUUUUUGAUAUUUUAAUAAUUUAGAUUCAUUAAUUUCUAACUAAAUCUUAAAUUGGAAUUUAUAUUUUAGUUUUUUGUAAAGGUACAUUGAUAGUGAAGCACAACAGUAACUUAAAUAAUAUAUUAUUAAUUAAAAC